UCCCUUCCCAUUUUCACCAAGCAAUCUCCAAGCUCUAGUUUGCAAGAAAACAGAAGCUUCCUCUCUCAAAAAGACUUCAGACUCAUUUUCCUUCUGUGCACAACUUUGUCUGUCACUAAUACUAUGGCUUCAACAUUGGCCUUGUCAUCACCAUCACCUUUUGUAGCAAGCAAAGCAUUGGCUUCAGCUAAAGCAAAUGUUAUUUCAGGAUCAGCCAGCUUUCCUUCACCACCACGUAGACUGCCGGUGCUGAGAGCUCAGGCCGGUGGAGAUGGCAAUGUUGACGUGGCUGUUAAUCAGGGUAGUAACCAAGGGACUCAAAUGGAGAAGAGGCCUAGCUCUAGGUUGGCUGUGAAUGUUUCACCUUUUGGUUUAUUAGACCCCAUGUCACCAAUGAGGACUAUGCGCCAGAUGCUGGACACAAUGGACCGUAUUUUCGAAGACACUAUGAUACUCCCCGGCAGCAGAAGCCGAUCAGGAGGCGAGGUUCGGGCUCCUUGGGACAUCAGAGACGACGAGAAUGAGAUCAAAAUGCGGUUUGACAUGCCAGGACUCUCUAAAGAGGAUGUCAAGGUGUCCAUUGAGGAUGAUGUGCUUGUUAUAAAGGGUGAGCGAAACAAGGAAGAGAACAAGGACGAUGCGUGGUUUAGUAGGAGCUUCAGUUCCUACAACACACGCCUUCAGCUUCCUGAUAACUGUGAAAAGAACAAAGUGAACGCAGAGCUCAAGAAUGGUGUUCUGUACAUCGCCAUUCCUAAGACCAAAGUGGAGCGCAAUGUGGUUGAUGUAGACGUCAAGUGAUCAUAUAGAGUCCUUCUCGGUAUGAGAAGUAUAGGCUUGUUUACCAUAUGAAAUGGGAAUAAGGGAUUAGAUGCCCUAGUUAAUCGUGGAACAUCUUUGUCGGAACAAGUAUAGUGGCAUGUGCCUUCUCCGUGUGAAAUAUCAAAGCAGAACUUUGUAAGAGUCGAAAAGCGUGACCUUAUUUUUCACUCUA